AUGGAGAACACCACAGAAGUGACACACUUCAUCCUCCUAGGACUCACCAAAACAGUAAAAUUACGAAUCCCAUUUAUAAUGAUCUUCACACUUAUAUAUGCCGUGAAUGUCAUCGGGAACCUGGGGAUGAUCCUGUUGAUUAUUAUGGACUCUCGUCUCCACACGCCCAUGUACUUCUUCCUCAGUAACCUGUCUCUGAUGGACUUCUGUUACUCUACAGCUGUCGUCCCCACGGUCAUUGCUGGGUUGCUCCAUGGAGACGAGGUCAUCUCUUACAAUGCAUGUGCUUUUCAGAUGUUCGUUUUUACAGUCUUUGCCACCGGGGAAAUUUUCAUCUUGGCUGCUAUGGCCUAUGACCGCUAUGCAGCUGUAUGCAAACCCCUACAUUACACCACCAUCAUGACCACAGGUGUGUGUGUGUGUCUGGCCACAGUUUGCCACACUGGUGGUUUCCUAAAUGCCUCCAUCCAUGUUGGAGAAACAUUCAGUCUCACUUUCUGCACAAACAAUAAGGUCCAUCACUUCUUCUGUGAUAUUCCAGCAGUCAUGGUUCUCUCUUGCAUUGAUAAACAUUAUAAUGAGAUGGUUCUUGUUUAUGUAGACUCCUUCAAUGUCUCCUCUGCUCUUUCGGUUAUCUUUGUAUCCUACAUAUUCAUUUUUGUCACCAUCUAUAGGAUGCGCAAAACUGCAGGCUAUCAGAAGGCUCUGUCCACCUGCGCUUCUCAUGUCACUGCCAUCACCAUCUUCUUUGGGACAAUCAUCUUCAUGUACCUACAGCCCAGCUCCAGCCAUUCCAUGGACACGGACAAAAUGGCGUCUGUGUUUUAUACAAUGAUCAUCCCCAUGCUGAACCCCAUAGUCUACAGCCUGAGGAACAAGGAGGUCAAGAAUGCGAUCAAGAAGUUGGGUGAGAAGACAAAAUUGUCUCUGAGAUUAUGA